GUUCUAUUGGAUACUGCAAGUGUCUGUAGUAAAGAAGGAAAACUCUGAAGCUCAGAUGUGCAAAUACAUCUAAAGAAGGAAUGAACUGAAGAUCCUCUUGGGAGAAAGAUCAACCAAACCCACAAAACACAAUCCAGCUGCAGGAACUCCUCUCCCACAAUGACAUCCAUCCGGCUGCUGCUGCUCUCCCUAACUCUCUCCAGUGUCUGUGUCAGUCUGGGGCAGCCCAUUCCAGAGGCAAACGAGAAUGGAGAUAGACGCCGUUUGGAUGACAUCCUGCAAAGGGCAGAAAGCAUCAUCCUUCGGUCUAUCCUCAAGAAAGCAGAAGAGGAGGAAGAGACUAAUAAAGAACCAAGCGCUCCUCAGCCAGACUGGUUUUCCAAAAGACAACACCCUGGGAAGAGAUUCCCCAGUGACCUAGAGAAGAGGCAGCACCCUGGGAAAAGGGAAGAUGAGGAAGAAGUGACUUAUGGAGAAACUCAGAAGAGACAACAUCCAGGGAAAAGAGAGGAAGACGACGACCUUGGCAGCGACAUGGAGCUGCAGAAGAGACAGCAUCCUGGAAGGAGGUCACUGUGGGACCAGUAUGUUGAUAUCCCUAGCACCCAACUGGCCUAUCUGAAUGAACUAUCCAAAAGGCAACACCCGGGCAAGAGGUCUCUGAUUUACAAGCGUCAGCAUCCUGGCAAGAGGAGCUGGGAUGACAAGCUGGAUCUGGGCGACCAAGACAUGGAGAAACGCCAGCACCCUGGAAGAAGAUACAUGGAUUCUGAAAGCCCAGAUUAUGAUGCCCCCUGUGACCUCCAGGAUUCCUUCAACUGUAGCAAAGGCAGCUUCUUGCUCGAGUUACUAGAUAAUGUCAACAACGGCAGAGUAGAAGAGAAGCGGCAGCAUCCUGGGAGGAGGUUUGCUUGGGAAGGUGAGGCAGGAGCAGAGGAGUGA